AUGGGAGCUGGAGCCACAAAUAAGAUCUUCCCCCAGGAAGAUGUCGAGGACAAUACUAUUGGAAAGCAAGCUUGCACCGGAAGGCAAGGCUGCAGCCCGCUCUGCUGCUCACGUCGAGGGGCCUGGAUCUCGGCCUUCUUCCUGCUCCUCCUACUGCUUAUGCUGGCUGCCCUGCUUGCCCUGGCCACCAUCCUCGGACGUCCAUCCCGUGUGCCAGGGUCCCAGGCCUGUGUGACGUGGACCAACAGGACAGGGUUCUUGUGCCAUGACCAGAAGAGCUGCAUCCCUGCCCAUGGGGUGUGUGACAACAUACGCACCUGUCCCCAAGGGGAGGACGAAGAUGAAAGCUUGUGCCGAGACGUGCCCAGGAGCCUACCCAGCUUCCUUGUGUCCCACUGUGGAGACCCGAAGUUCUGGAUCUACUCAGAUCAGAAGUGUGACGGCACCAAUAACUGUGGGGACUGCUCGGACGAGCUGAGCCCAGUGACCGCAUGCCCACCCUGUGGGCCCAGCUGGUGGCCCUGCCUUCCGACUGUCUUCAGGUACUGUGGCUGCGUUCCAAGGACUCUGUGCAGGGACCACGUUCAGCACUGUUCUGACUGGUCAGAUGAGUACUCGUGUCCUGGACCCUGAGUGGGACCGUGGGAGAGGCUGGUG